AUCCUCAGAGAGUUCUUUGCCAUGAGCUGCCAUGUUGAACUUCCAGUGACCAGUAAGAGAGAGUGUGAGAGUGAUAACACCAAAUUUAACACAGCUGCUCCCCAUUCACACCUGUGAGUCACAUGACACUGGGGAGGUAAAAUGGCUAAUUGGGCCCACUUUGGACAUUUCCACUUAAGGGUGUACUCACUUUUGUGGCCAACGGUUUAGACAUUAAUGGGUGUGUGUUGAGUUAUUUUGAGGGGACAGCAAAUGUACACUGUUGUACAGGUUGUACACUUACUACUUUACAUUGUAUCAGAGUGUCAUUUCUUUAGCGUUGUCACCUGAAAAGAUAAAAUACAAUAUUUACAAAAAUGUGAGGGGUGUACUCACUUUUGUGAGAUACUGUAUGUCUUAUGUAGACCAAUCAGAUUGAUGAUAUUAGAACUGCAGAAAUGGUUAUACAGUUUGCAUCACUUACAGCUUCCCCUACUGCAAGACAUUUUGUGUGUAAGAGGUUACUACUGAACAGAUGGGAAGUGAUGCCUUCCACUUCCUGCCCAGCUUCACACACAGAUUUUGGAGGAGCUUACUUCCCCAUAUGACUGUUCCUGCAGUUCUGCUAUUAGGGCUAACUGGACUACCCAACCAUCCCAAAUUCGGCAGGACAGUCAUGAUUUUUGUGUCCUGUGCCACCUUAGUUCCCUGAUGUCCCACUCUUUGGAACACCAGGAAACUGCCCUUAACAUUAGCGCACUAGGAAACAGUACUCCCUUUGCGUCCUGCCCUAAUUGGGCUGGCAGCCUGGAGUGCAUUCACGCCAUGCUAACCUGCCAUUAACUUUGGUGGACCCUCCCCUUUAAGGGCAGAGCUAGUAAUGCAAUUGUGUCACUGGGCUUCCCCAUUACCCCUCUCCCUCCAGCAUGCGGAUUUGCAGCUUGCCGGUGUUGGGAAUAUGGGACACUGGCCAAGCUGCAACGCUCUCCAAGCGCAUUAGGUUCCUCCUCAUCUCUGACAUCGGAGGAGGCACUGGAAUAAG